GAGAAACCUAAGUCUCACAGCUCACUCACAGGUUCAUUAUCUUCUUGCUCUCUGAACUUUUUAAAAAGUUGCCAUGUCUGCCCCGGCUGCUCCGUAUGCUCCGGCUGCCCCGUAUGCUCCACCUGCUCCGUAUGCUCCGCCUGCUCCGUAUGCUCCGUAUGCUCCGUCUGCUCCGGCUGCUCCGUAUGCUCCACCUGCUCCGUAUGCUCCGCCUGCUCCGUAUGCUCCGUAUGCUCCCAACAUGCCUGUCCAUCAGUCAGUCCAGAUGGUGUCAGUCACCUCCGGUCAAAGUCCUGGAACAUGGAGCACCGGCCUCUGCGACUGCUGCUCUGACAUGGGCACCUGCUGCUGUGGUUAUUGGUGUUUCCCCUGCAUGCAGUGUGAGACAGCCAGUAAACAUGGCUGGUGCUGCUGCAUGCCCCUCCUGGAUUGCUGCUGUGUGGUGUCCUGCUUACUCCGCUCCUCCAUCAGAGAGCGCCACGGCAUCCCUGGCUCAUGCUGUGAUGACUGCUGUAAAUUCUUUUGGUGCUACGUAUGUGCCUGGUGCCAGAUGAAUCGCGAGGUGAAGAUCAGGGCCAGACAUCAGUCGUCGACCACGUCAGUGGUCGCCACACAGGUCGUCAGGGCAUAAGAUGCAAAUGUCGUGGUCAUAUGUUAACAACAUACAACAUGUUUAACAAGUGGAUCAUUUCUUUUUGGAUUUUUGUAGUUAUUAGGUGAUAGACAAAACAUUUUGUUUCAAACAUUUAUUUCAAUAAGCAUCAGAGGGACUAUUAGACUUCUGCUUUCCAGUUUGUAAUAUCAGUAUUUUUAUAAAUUUUGGCUUUCUGUUGGCGCGUUAGAUUCACUGUUGAAGCCAGAUGCUGCUUUAGUUUUGUGAGGAUAUUCACAUGCUGAAGAUGGUAAUGUCAGGUUAAUGUUUUCUAACCUUUGAUUCAUUUUGGCAAUAAAAUUUUUCAUGUCACAAGAUUAUUGUUACUUUAACCGGAUUGUUUCCACUUGAACCGAGUGUAAUCUACCAUUUUAUGAUUCGUUAUUUCAGUAGGCCUUUGUUCACAUUCCAUGCCUUUUAGAGACGUCAUAAGACGUCAUAUAUGCUUGUUGCAUAUUUAGCAACAAAAUCUUAUGAAUGAGUGUUGCUUUCUUUUUGAUGCAUCUUUAUUACAAACAUAAAUUUUUUACAUUUGAUAUCAGAAGAAAAACCAACCAAAAAAACAAACAAACAAAAUAAAAAACAGUUACAAAUAAGACAGGCCUGUUUACCACUGUGUUUAAUAAUUUCUUUUAAAAACUUUAUAGUUUUAUAGAUUUUCUAUAGAUUAGUUUGAAGCUUCAUGAGCAAUUAAAUAUGAGUAUUUUUAAUUGGGUGCAAUGUAAUGUUUACUUUAAGAUUGUAACUUCUUAUAAAAUGUUAAAAGUUUAACUUUUGAGAAAAAUGGGUCUUUGAGUUUGACGCUGAUUUAGUAGUUGCAGUUUCCAGACAAUUUCGUCCUGGAAACAUUUUGUCUGGGGUCUGGAGGACCUGCUGCUCCAGAAAUACAGUUGCGGUUUUACAAUCAUCCAGUAGAUGGCACUGUUGCAAAAACAAACAAACUAACAACAAAAAACAAACAAAACAAACAAAAACAGCAGGGGUCUAGACUAUCGGAACAAUGUUUACGACACUUCCGUGUCAUUGGUCGACACAGACUCGAGCAGACAGGCUCAAGCUCAACGUCAUUAUCUCUAAUACAGAACUUAAGCAUUUUAAAGGGUUUACAACUUUUCAAACAAAGCUGAAUGUCCCUGUGAUUUUUCCAGCCAGUACUACACAUUGUUUUGAAGAACCACUGAAUUACUUUACCAAUGUCUGAAAACAAGAUAUUAACCUAUAAUCUAGUAAUGCAAAAUUAAGCUUUUCUGAUAUCUUAAUCUGUGCAUUUAUGUUUCUGCCUCUCAUUUUUCCAGAUGACUUGUUCACGUAUAUUUUUACAGAUCCUUCCUGCCUUAAUCAGUUAAUAAAGAAGAAUGUUCUGCUUACAAAUCUA